GAAAAGCUGUUUAUUGAUUUAAAAGAAUGAUGAUCUUUUAUCUUGGUGAUCUCAGCUUAGUUUACUUGUUCAAAAUGAUAUCUGAAGUUUAUAGUAGGAAAUGUUUGGCCUCCCUACCUACGAUUAAUUAUAUCAAGAAAUGCCCAGAUACUAGAGAGGAAUGGAAUAAUGCAGCGAAACUCAAAGGAUGUGAAAAUAUCAAACAAAACUGUACAUCAAAGGAAGAAAAGCUCAAAUAUCACUGUGUAAUCAACAGUUUUGGAAAUGCAACAUUAGAUGUUUGUGCACCAACCUGGUACAUUGCAGGAUACUGUACUGAGUUUAACGAGGAAGGCUUACUGAUACAAGAUCAUUAUGCAAAAGACUGUACAAAUUUUGACAACACCUGUCCAACUCGAUACUUGUCAACAGAUGCCUACAAAUAUCAGGAGUGUUACAAACUGGCUACAAAAGCCGCCAAGGAAAACCAUUUAGGGCAAAUGGAUGCCUUGACAAUAGGAGAAACUGUUAUGGGGAUACUUGUAGGAAUACUUUUUGCAACAUUCAUCUGCUGUAUUGUUAUGAGAUAUCGAAGAAAUUGGCGAGCCAAGAAAAAGCUUAAGAUGCUGAAUAAUGAUCAUGCUGCAUCGCAAAUUAAUAUGGGACGCCAUGAAGCGGACCAAAGAAGACAGUGUAACAACACAAGACUGAUAAAUGAACUUCGGCAAAGGAUCCAGGAGGACACGGAUGUAAUUACAUAUGAGACCAUCAACUACGCAGAUGUAAUAUCAGACUCCAGUAAUAAUUAUUCUUCUGUUUAAUCUGGAGAAAAUCUAUCGGAUAUUUUUAUACGAAGAUAUAGCAUAAGUGACAGCUGACAAUAAAAAUCUUUAAUAUAAAAUUAACUCAUUUUAACAUGUUUAAGUCGUAACUUAGCAUUAUGGGGUUUAGUAAUGCUGUAAUCACUUCUACAGUUUACGAAUGUAUGUUUAUAUAACUUUGUUAAACUUGAUGAAAAUGAGCUAAGGUGUAAGGAGAUCUCAAUAUAUGAAGCUAUUUAUGUUCCUCAAAUCUCACAGUCUUAAACCUUUUUAAUGGAUAUGAGGAAACUUAGCUAGAAAGAACUAAAAUGUCAUGUUCCCAGGACUUCCAUGUAAGCAAGUUUAAUGUACUCUGUAUUCUUUUUAUGCCAAUUCAUUAUAGACUUUAUCUUUGUGUGAUUUAAG